AUGUUUGUGUUUGUGCAUGCAAGAAAUGGGGAGCUUUGCCCCAAAGGCCUAAGCUUAAAAGCCACAGCUGACGUAACGCGACCCCCGCACCGCCCUCUGUGUCAAGGCGAGGAAACACGAGACGAUCCCUCCAAGCAGCUCGUUAGGCCCCUCUCGCACCCAACCUCUUGUGCCAUGUUGCCAUCUUUGUGCUGUGGAUUUUCUUGUGGUCAUUUCUUAGAGAGCGCUGGGUUCGCGCCCGACCAACCCCUCUCAGUCGAUAUUGCUGUGACUGAGUACUGGCAUCAGUAUGCUGGGGUCAAAGUCAGGACAGAGAGGAACCGGCCACCGAAGUGCAUCAUCGCGUGGCCCACGAUCUGGCGCGGGUGCGAGGGCGAGGGCGGGCAGGCGGGCGCAGUUGGCUUCGACCAGCUGGUGCAAAGCCACUGGCGGGUGGUGCAGAUGGUGAGGAAUACGGAGAAGCUCUUUUCCGUCUCGCUGCAGUGCUUCUACGCUUCGCAGGUAGUGACGAUGUGCCUGGAGCUGUACCUCGUGGCCUACCGAGUGGGGAUGCAGACGCACUACGAACGCGGGGAGGCUCUGUGGCAGUCGCUCAUUAUCACGCAGACCUUCGCCGUCUUUCUGCUCGUCUCUAUCCAGGCGAGCGCCGUUUAUGAGGAGGCUGAGGCGAGCGUCGACGUGCUCCGCCGCGGGCUGCCCUACAACGCUCCCGAUCGCGUCAAAUUCCACUUCGGCGAGCUUAUCACUUCCCUGACUGGCUCUCCCAUCUGCAUCACUGGCGGGAGAUUCUUCUACAUUCACCGUCCUUUUAUAAUAACGGUAGUGGGGGCCGUCUUGUCCUACUUCAUCAUCAUCCUGCAGCUGAUGCUUCCGAGCGUGGGGCGCGAUCGCGACGAGGCGCCCUUCGCUAAUCUCACGCUGAGCGACCAAGAACUUUAGACGUCGAAUGUCCUCUCACGAAAGUAAAUGAAUAAAUACAUGGAAAAAUAGAUAAAUAAAUAGAUGUGCAAAUAGGUAAAUAUAUAAAUGUGCAAACGCGUAAGUAUAUAAAUGGGGAAAUAGGUAAGUAUAUAAAUGUGCAAAUGGGUAAAUGAAGUAAAUAGAUGGGUGAAUGCACGAUAAGUAAAUCAGUGCUUAUUUUUUUUUUUUUAAGAAUCGUAAAGUAAUGAUGAAAAUAA